UGUUGGGGCUGUAGGCGCCGCGCAGUCGGCUGUUUGCGGCUCGCAGGGAGGAGGACGCCGGGGCUCGCCUUCCCUCCGCCGCCUCCGCCGCCGCCGCCGCCAUGAUUCCAGUGUCGCUGGUGGUGGUGGUGGUGGGCGGCUGGACUGCCGUCUACCUGACCGACUUGGUACUGAAGUCAUCUGUGUAUUUCAAACAUUCCUAUGAAGACUGGCUGGAAAGCAAUGGAUUGAGCAUCUCACCUUUUCACAUAAGAUGGCAAACUGCAGUUUUCAAUCGCGCCUUUUACAGUUGGGGACGGCGGAAAGCGAGGAUGCUUUACCAGUGGUUCAAUUUUGGAAUGGUGUUUGGCGUAAUUGCCAUGUUUAGCUCAUUUUUUCUCCUUGGGAAGACGCUGAUGCAGACUUUAGCACAAAUGAUGGCUGACUCUCCCACUUCUUCCUCUUCCGCUUCUGCUUCCUCUUCUUCCUCUUCCUCUUCCUUGUCCUCCUCCUCCUCUUCCUCACUUCAUAACGAGCAGGUGCUACAAGUGGUGGUUCCUGGCAUAAACUUACCCGUCAACCAACUCACCUAUUUCUUCGCUGCAGUUCUCAUAAGUGGUGUUGUACAUGAAAUUGGACAUGGGAUAGCCGCUAUUAGGGAACAGGUUCGAUUUAAUGGCUUUGGGAUUUUUCUCUUCGUUAUUUAUCCUGGAGCAUUUGUUGAUCUUUUCACCACUCAUUUGCAACUUAUCUCACCAGUCCAGCAGCUGCGGAUAUUUUGUGCAGGUAUCUGGCAUAAUUUUGUCCUUGCACUCCUGGGUAUUUUAGCUCUCCUUCUCCUCCCUGUAAUUCUCUUACCGUUUUACUACACUGGAGUUGGGGUGCUUAUCACUGAAGUUGCUGAGGACUCACCUGCCGUUGGACCCAGAGGUCUUUUUGUGGGAGACCUUGUCACGCAUCUCCAGGAUUGCCCUGUUACUAAUGUGCAAGAUUGGAAUGAAUGCCUAGAUACCAUCGCCUAUGAGCCCCAAAUUGGCUACUGUAUAAGUGCAUCUACUUUACAGCAGUUAAGCUUCCCAGUUAGAGCCUACAAGCGGUUAGAUGGUUCAACUGAAUGCUGUAACAACCACAGCCUCACAGAUGUGUGCUUUUCCUACAGAAAUAACUUUAAUAAGCGUUUGCAUACAUGUCUACCUGCCCGAAAAGCAGUUGAAGCCACCCAAGUUUGUAGAACCAAUAAAGAUUGUAAAAAAGACUCAAGUUCAAGUUUCUGUAUAAUACCAUCUUUGGAAACUCAUACUCGUCUGAUAAAAGUGAAGCAUCCACCUCAAAUCGACAUGUUGUAUGUAGGACACCCACUGCACCUUCACUACACAGUGAGCAUCACCAGUUUUAUCCCACGUUUCAACUUUCUGAGCAUAGAUCUGCCUGUGGUUGUGGAGACAUUUGUCAAGUACCUGAUUUCCCUCUCAGGAGCUCUGGCUAUUGUUAAUGCAGUCCCCUGCUUUGCUUUGGAUGGACAGUGGAUCUUAAACUCUUUCCUGGAUGCUACUCUUACCUCAGUGAUUGGUGACAAUGAUGUCAAAGACCUAAUAGGAUUUUUCAUUUUGCUUGGUGGUAGCAUCCUUCUGGCUGCCAAUGUGACCCUGGGACUCUGGAUGGUCACAGCACGGUAAUGUCCACACUCGUCUGGUGGAAUCUUUGAGUUACAAUACACAAUAUCGAAAACCUUACUUGAUAUGAAAAUAUCAAGUGUUUCCUUAAAAUCACAUGUUAGUCAACAACUUUAAGCUCCUUCUAUAUCCAGAGUAUCCAAACUCUGGGAUGGGGAAGUGGGAGAGGAAAGGCAUAGUGCCUGACUACAUUCUAGUUCUAAAGACUGAAUGACCUGAAAACCUCAGAUACUUGUGGAACAGUUUCCAACCAAGUGUAAAUUCAUGUUAAGCCAUGUUGUGUGACUACAUGUUCUGUUGAAAAUAGUAUAAAGAGGAUAGAAUUGGGUGUGAUUAAUUGGGGAGAACUUCUUUAAAAAAGCAUCACUAGUCCAGAUUUGAAGGAGACAUCAGACUUUAACUGGAAGGAUGACCAUUUUCUUGGCCUCUAUCUCUUGUCAUUUGUCUUGUUUGAAAAGUAUUUUAAAAUUCUAUGGUAUAUUAUUUUUCACUCUUGACAACUAAGUUUUGAUUAUACUAAGUUAAUAAAAUUGUAUAAAAGAACCUGCUGACACGAAAGGGAAAAUCUUUGUCAAUGAUGCCAAAUAAAUAAAGUAGGAGGUAGGACCUUUAAUAUCCUGAGACAUGUCUUACCCCACGAGAGUUGUCUUGGGCAUUGUGCCCGCACCCUUACAAGGCAGCGUUAGCCUCGACCUUCUGAGAGAGCUGCAGGUCUCCCAAGCGCAGCAUGUGUACAGAGGCCAUUAGGGCCGAACCUCAGAAUUGAGCCAUUCCGACGGAUCACAAGACACCACAGGACUUUCUGUGGUCCCACUUACCAUUCUCUACAGAGCUUUGAGUUUGGAACCCUUUCUCUUGUGCUGCUGGGGCUGCGGGGGGCCCAACUCCUGGUUUUCUUUUCAAGGAGCAACUACCUUAAGCCCGGAACCUGCUGUCUUUACCAGUGGCUCCCAUGUUUCUCUGUUGCUUCCCCUCUUUCCCUUAAGCUACCUCUGUGGCCCACAGAAGAAUUAGUAGGAUAGUGAAAAUGGCUACGCAUGAGUGCCAACAUGGAUUUGCCAGAACCAGGACAGGGAACCCACUCUUGAGCUUGAAAGGGCCCUGGUAGUUCCAGGACUUUUGAACUGGAGAUGCAGCCCUGGGAGACCUGAGUGGUCAACAGGCCAGUAUGAUGUGAACAGUCACAAGUCCAACUUCCAGCAGUUUCCCUCUGUGAAAUCAUCCAUGGGAUUCACCUUUCUCAGCUCACUGAAUUUCUCUUUAGACAAUAGAACUUUUUCAUGAUUUUUGGGAAACUUUAGAUUACAAAUUCAUCUGCCUUCUAAAACAGAAAUUGUAUCUUAAAUGUAAUUUUAACAUAUUAUUCAUGACUUGUGGUGACCAGCUAUUACCCAACUAAUAGCAUUACAAAUUACUGAUUUAUACCAGGAAACAGCAUUUGUUCUCUUUCUAGACAGUCAUUCAGGAUCAAAGGGUAUUAACAUAGUAAUGCUCAGCCCUAGUAGACUUUGGGGAAUGCCAUGAAAUACAUCACUAAUUAAAUUACAUCCACUGAACAGUUUGCUACUAAGAAUGCUGUGUACGUGCAGGAAAGCUUCUUUUAAACUGAGAGAAAAAAAAAUUGGUGGAGGAAAUUCUACCCACUAGCUCCUUCUAUUAGGUGAAAAAAACAAAACACCUCAUUUUCCUGUAGCUGUAUAAACACCUUGGUUUGUUGUCCCAUAGGGUUUGAUUUGGGAGCCAUUCUAAGAGGCUAUUGAGCACAUCACUCCCAUUCGUGUAGAAAAUACCUCAUCUGUAAAAAGGGAAAUAAUAUGUGUUGUCUUCUCAGCUUGACUGUGGGCACUUCUAGAAAAGGGGCUGUGUGUUACUCAUCUGUGCAUCCCCAGCACAGUGCAUGAGACAUCAUAAAUACUUAAUAAAUGUGGUUGAAUGGAUGAUUAAUGUUAUUUAUGGGCUAGACAAGCAUGUUUUUAUUUAAGUAAGUUGUAAAAAGUUUUAUUGAAUAUUUACUGUAAAUAUGUUAACAUAAAAAAUAACUUGGAAGGUCCUUGUGUCUCCAGUAUAUCAUCAUCUUCAUGAAAAUAAUCCAUUUUGGUUUCUAUAGAAUGAUUCAAAAAAAUAUUUUGGAGAUUUGCAGAAAGUGUUUUUUCUGUGUUGCCAUUUUGUUCAACAGUAAAACUUUAUUCUCUGUGUUCCUACUCUGACUUGUUUACACUUCUGAAGGUUUUUUUUUAUAUCACCUCUAAUCUGUAAAGAGUGUAUGUAUUCUUUUAAGCAUCUUGGUCUGAAAAAUUAAAUUAAAUUUCAUCUUUGGACGACUGCUCAUCCAGGUCGCUUGUUAUGGCAGUAAACUGUAAACGUGCUUCAUAAGUAUGUGGCGCUCAGUGACCACUUUCUCUGAUAGCAUUUAUUGAACGUCCACAUGCUAAUGGUGUGCAGGUAUUUUUUUCUAGAAAUCUGUCUGUGCUAUAGUGCAUUCCUAAGCUUUAACUUGAAGAUAUCACAGUUACUGGCAUUUGAUGUUUAGCAAUAAAAGAAUGCUGUGUACAUCA